UUGAAUUAGAAACAAGAAGAACAUAAGUUAACCACCGUGGAGUAAAGUCUCUCUGAGAGGAUGAACCACAUUAAUCUCGUGUCUUAGUUAGUGUUUAUGCUUCCUUUUCGUGUUGGCUUAACAUGGAAGCAGAGCCUGGCGGGGUUCUUCAUGUUUGAUCGUGUUGGUAUCUUGGCGUCGUUCUCAUCACUACUCGUGCUCUUCAGGUUCGCUUUUCUUUGAAAUUUCAGCUUGCUCACAAGUUGAUUUUUCUCUCGGUAGCUUAGUAUGGUUGGCUUCCUUGCGUUAGCCCUUAUCUAUUUUGGGACGUGCGUUGGUAUUGUGGGUUUAUUCGUGUCGCUGCUGUUGUCUUGGGGUUUCUCUGUUGGUGUGUAUUUCUUGCUCUUGUUAUUUCUUCUUACCAUGGAUCACGCCAAGGAUUAUGUAUCAACUCAUUUGAAUGGCAAGAAUUUCCCUCUCUGGAAAUUUCAAUUCGGGUGUUUAUCGAGGGCAAGCGGUUGUUUUCUUUUCUUGAUGGAUCUGCUGCCAAAUCUUCGAAAUCUGCUACUGCAAAUGAGCAAGCUGAUUGGGCUGCUUCCAAUGCGCAAGUCACGUACUGGUUACUUGCUGCGGUUGAACCAAAUAUUGCUCUUAGCCUCCGUUCUUACUCCACAGCUCAUGAGAUAUGGUAUUACCUUUGUUCUCUUCACUCUCAACAAUGUGUCUCCCGUCAAUUCGAGAUCUUCCAACCUCGUGCUUUACUAUGCCAAUGAGAUAAGGAUAUUCGGACCUACUAUCAGGAUGUGCUGCAUCUAUGGACCGAAGAAGAUAUGUUGUCUAUUGAUCUCAACAGAGGUGUUACGACUUCUGCUAUGGUGGCUGAACGUCACCGUCUUCGUCUAAUGCACUUCCUUAUGAAGCUCCACUCCGAUUUCGAGCCUAUUCGAGCCUCUCUUCUGCAUCGUAAUGUUACUAGUAUGGAUGACGUGUUGGCUGAACUGUUACGUGAAGAAACACAUCUGUGAAGUCAAGCUCGGCUUGAUCGGUCUUCCUCUACUCCUAAGACUGCUUUUGCUGUCAGUCGAUCUGGUAAGCCGCAGUUUCAGAAACCUGUUCCACCCAUGUUGAGUGUCAUUACUGCAGGGAGAAGGGUCAUGUUAUAUUACAUUGCAAGCACCGGAAUUACUGCAAUUAUUGUAAGACUUCCGGUCAUAUCGUAUUGGAUUGUCAUUCGCUAGCGAGAUGGGGCAAGGUUGGUGGUAUUCGUCCCUCUCCUACUGUCCCGUCUUAUGGUGUCCAACCUUCUUCUAGUCCUGAAGUCCAUAGUUCCUCCACAAUAGCUGCGUACCAUGCCUCUGCUCCACCUCUUAUUGGCUCCUCAGGUCUUAUUCGCUCGCCACCCUCCUCAUCGACUGCUUCUUCUUUGACUCUGGAUUCGUUAGAACAGCUUAUUCUAGCCACACUGCAGAAGGUUCUUCCUAGUGCACUUCAUUCGGGUUCUCUGUGAACAAUGCCUCAGGUAAUUUGGCUUCUUGGUAUUUAGAUUAUGAAGCCUAUAAUCACAUGUCUAAUUUGCGUGAUCGGUUUCUCCAUCUCUGAGCACUUCCUCCAAUUGACUUACAGGUGGUGAAUGGAGCUCGCCUUCCUGUUAGUGCUAUUGGUACCAUACAACGACCAAAUUUUACUUUGUAGGAUAUGCUCUAUGUUCUGUGAUUAGUUCCUAACUUUGUUUCCGUUAGUUAGCUAGGUGAUCUUGAUUGCCGUAUUAUUUUUUAUGCAGGUGGCUUUCUGGUGCAGGAUCGGAGCACAAGGAAGAAAAUGGGUAGUGGGCGCAAGUGUGGAUGGAUGUUUAUCCUAGAUCCUUAGAGUAGCUGUGGAAGCCUGGACUGGAUGGGGAUCGUGGGACAUCUGUUGAUGUUGGACCUCUUCUGAAUUCUCUUUUGAAUGCACCUGGUUUGGCUUUGGAUGUUUAUUAUGUUACCCCUUUGGAUUGGCAAUUGUGGCAUUGCCAUUUGGGUCAUCCCAAUACGGCUCGUUUACAUACUAUGUUUCAAAAUAAAUUGCUACAUGACAG